UUUCUCGAAGAAGUGUUAUCAUUUUAACACAGGAGUUGAAAAUUCCCGGGAAAGUUGUUUCGUUUUGUGUUAAAACCGGAAGUACAUAAAUUUGGCAAACAUAUUUGGUUUAUUUAUUCAAAAUAGAAAAAUGACAUGCCUGCAUAUGUGCAUCAGAAAUAGACUAUUGAAAGCCUCCUCAAACCACCUAAGGCAUUAUGUUACGCAUACAAAUUCAGGAAGUAUUUACAAACCUUUACUCAAGGGAAGUGAAACAUAUACAUUAAUUGGACAAGCUACAAGAAAUAUAACCACAUUUCAUCAUUUCUACAGAGGACUUAAACAUUGUAAAGUGCGUAAAAGUCGCCAUUGUGUAGCAGUAUCAACUUGCUUUGACUUUCAUACAACCCCUCGAUAUCGUGUGAAUCCUGUAUUCUGGUUGGCUAUUAAACAAGUGGGGAAAUUAGGGGCUAUAAUAACAGGAAGGAGUCUCAGGAAAUAUUGGAAGAGGCUACCUAAAGAUGAUAAGAGGACUGUGAUGCAACUGUUGAGAAAUAAUCGGAACAAGAUCUGGGCAGCUGUUGGAGCUCUUGUAUUACUUAUGGGCAUUAACUAUGCAACCCAUCUACAAACAACUCCCCUCACCAACAGGACUCGCUACAUAGCAUUCACAGAGGAACAGUUUAUGAAGAUUGUGCAGUAUGAAGCAGAUGGAUAUAUGGAAACAUUUAAGGAUAAAAUACUUUCCUCAAGGCACCCUGACUAUCAACGCGUUGUAAGGGUUGCAAGUAGAAUAGUGGAGGGCAAUAGGGACAUUGAAAAGAUGAAAAAUUUGAAAUGGACUGUAGUUGUGGUAGACGACCCAGAGAAGAAUGCAUUUGUUUUGCCUUCAGGACAUAUAUUUGUGUUCAGAGGAAUGCUUGAAACAUGUCAGAAUGAUGACCAGCUGGGUAUUAUCUUGGGACAUGAAAUGGCACAUGCUCUCUUGGAACAUGGGGCAGAACAAGUGAGCUAUGCAAACAUAUUGGACGUUGUUGUUAUAUUCAUUAUGGCUGGGAUCUGGUUCUUUAUGCCUACAGAUGGGAUAGCAUUGGUUACACAAUGGUUCUACAACAAAGUCAUCCAUUUGAUGUUUUCACUGCCAUUUAGUCGCAUGAUGGAGACAGAGGCUGAUGAAAUAGGACUACAGCUCUGUGCUAAGGCAUGCAUGGAUGUACGAGAAAGCCCAGCCUUUUGGCGAUUGAUGCACAUGCUCCAGACUGCAAAGAACAAAACAGAGGAGAGUGGAGUCACUGAGUUGGCUCUUGAUGUCCCCCAGCUCCUUUCAACCCAUCCUUCACAUGCUACUAGGGCAGACAACCUCAAUGACCUUGUACCUCAGGCUAUUAAACUUCGAGCUGAUUGCAAUUGCCCAAGGCUGCCAACUGCUGACCCCAGAGAUGCAAUACAAAAGCUGGAAGCCAGUAUGGAACACGCUAUCAAAAAUAAACAGUUGCAGAAAUUGGGAAUGGCUAUCAAAUCUGAUGUUGUUAAACCUUUUAAUCAAUCUGCAGUGUCAACAUCCUAAACCUUGAAAGCAUGUUUUUGAAUCCAAUAAGUUUGCGUUGAAAGAUAACCUAUAAGUUAUUUGAGGAUGGAACUGCUCAACUGGAAUAAUUUUAGUGAUAUGUAGUUUCAGAAGUAGGGGUUCCUACAGACUGAAAUUCAGGGAAUUAUUUUUCUAGCAUCUAGAAAUGUCAGGGAAGUUAGUUCAAAAAGGGCCUAAAAUAUUGGAGCUUAUGCAAACUAUAAAAUGGUUCAAGAGAAUUUAGGUAGCCAAAAAUUUACAAAAAAGCAUGUUUAUAAUAUAAAGUUAUCAACUAGAUACAUGGACUGUAUCUUUAUCUUUUAAUCUGCAAGGGGUAUUGGGGUUUUAGAGAAUACACCUUGCUAAAAUCACUGAAAGAUGAACACAUAUUCACCUCAACAGAUUGAAAUAUUUUUACAGUACUAUUUUAUAAUGUUGCCAUAGUAUUAUUUUGUGAAAUACUUGUACAGUAAAACCUG